AUGACUUUCUCCAUGAGACUUUCCCACCUGCUAAUUCCCCAGAUGCUCCAAUGGAUGCAAGCGUCCUACGGAGCGGUUUUUGACACCACUCCAUUGGAUCAGCCUUCAAUCUUGGAGCCUGUGUUUUUCUACGGCCAAUUUGAUUCGAUAUCCAACUAUUCUGAUGUGACCAAGUACAAUUUGACAACGGGAAACCGUGGUAUAUGGGCCUUGAGUGCUCACAAUGACUCGAUCGUUGAGUUGAAGAACACAGAUGCAUCCAAUGUCUUUAGUUUAGACAACAGCUCGUUUAUCUACUUGGAGGACGGUCAGCCGUACAUUUACAACGUGGACUCUAAAAAUACAACAGAACUUGAAAAUUGGGAAGACGUUGAAGGAACAGUGAACAGUGUUCUUUUGGACGACAAUCUCAUCUAUCUUGGAGGUGAUCUCUCCUACAAUAACUACACUGGUGUUGUGGUCUACAACCGGUCGAACAACACAUUAUCAAACACUCCCUUUGAAGGACUCAACGGAACAGUCAACAGCAUAAUACAUAGCAACAACAACAGCAUCAUCUUUGGUGGACAGUUCGAUUCCAUUGGAAACUCUCGCUUACUCAGUACCAAUAGCACAAACUCCACUAUAGUGGACCCUGACCAAUUGAUCAGCUUGAAAUACGCGCAGAUCUCAAGCUCUUCAGACUCAGACCCAAAUAGCAUAGUCUGUCCGUCCGAGUCCAGCGAAUGGCUCGCGCAGAAACACGAUACCUGGUCGGCCGAGCUACCAAAUUCUGUGCAACCAUCAAAGAUAAGACUGUACAACUUGCCGGGCGACGACGGAGUCAGUUUAUUCAGAAUCACAACGAGUCCGGCAAACGGAAUCAUGAACUUGUCGUAUAUCGACCCGCAGAGUCUUGAAACGAGCUAUUGUGACGCCUGGUGUCCGCUGCUCCCUAAUAGCAACCUCUCAUCAUCUUUGAGCGACCAUGUUGGUGAGAUCCAGGAUAAUUCCUACACCACAGAGAGCAAUGUAUCUGCUGGAUGGGUAGGAUUCGGCGCGAACUACCAGGAAUUUGUGUUUGUUAAUGGGAUCCAGGUUGAUCAGAUCUCUGUUCAAGUGCUGGACAAUUACGGUAAUCAAGCAGGACUCGCUGGUUUGGAGCUUUUCCAAUACGGAACCACCAUCUACGCCAAUAACAGCUUGAACGAACCUACAUGUUCUUCUACCGGAAGCUACUCGUCUGCCUCGUCACUCGGAGAUGCGGACUGGAAAUCUUCAGAUGGCUAUUUAACAACCACUGUUUCAUCCUCGGACAUUGAUGGACAAGGUACCCAGUACGAUCUCAAUAUCACGUAUUCGGGCGAGUACAUGGUGUAUCUCUACACGCCAGGGUGUCUGGAAGAUAACACCUGCGAUUCGCGUGGCGUGGUGAAUGCUUCCUUUUAUGAUGGUACUGGUAUGCUGAGCACAAAAUCCAUUUACCAAACCAACAAUGAGAUGAAGUAUGACAUAAUCUACUCAGGAUACGUUGACAUGGAGUCCGGCUCUCAGCCAUACCUUCGCGUGGCUUUGGAAUCUGCACUUUAUAGCGACGAGGUGACACUCGUUUCGCAGUCUGUUUAUAUCCAAUUUGUGAGUCUUGAAGUGAAGCAGACCAACAAAGUGAAACUUAAUGGCCUCUUUGAGUACCAUCCUGGAUCUAAAGGUCCGUUUGGAGACUCUUCAAUUGACAUGAUUGGAAGCAACCUUACAGAGAACGCCAACAUCACCGGACUGGAUAUCGUGAACUCGACUUUGUACAUUGCAGGAGAUUUCUCUUCUGACUACGGAGACAACUUCGUUGGUGUGGACCUUGACGAUGUUGAAUUCAAGGAUAUCACCGAUAAUGAGCAACCAAUUUCCCAGUUGAUUGCACUGUCAAAUAUCUCGCUGGUGGUUGCAGACGACGACAGUUUGGACUUGUACAACGGAUCGUUCCAUGAACUGGAAACUUUCAGCCAUCCUUUCACUGCUUCGUCAUUUGCAUACAACUCUUCUCAAUAUGUUUCGGUGAGCUCACAAGGAAACACCUCGGUGUAUGAUUACACCACUCAUAGCUGGAGGACUUUUGAUCUUGCUGAGUUCAAUAUCUCGAAAACAGCAGAGCAAAACGACGUCACAUACGCUGUUGGAGAAAUCGUCAAGUACGACUCUCAGGCCAUUGACAUUGCACAGAUUGGAAAUGGAACGUUUGCCGGAGUGGAUAUCAUCAAAUCAGGAAACGUUCACUCCGGAUUGUAUGUGAAUAAGAGUCUAAUUCUUGGAGGAAAAUUCACAACCACUGAUGGUAAGGAUAAUUUGGUAUUUGUCAACGGCUCAACCCCAGACAUUGACUUUAGCAACGACUCGGCAGUGAGACUGAUUUACAGCUACAAAGAUCUGAUUCUAGCAGCUUUUGACGGAACUGCUACCAUCAACGGUUCCUCUGGUAGCGGCCUUUUGGGAUACAACCUCACUUCCAAGUCUACCUACUUCUUACCAUCCAAGCUGAAUGGGAAGAUUCUCGCGCUAAGUGCAAACCCUAAGGACAACAGCAUAGUGGUUGGAGGAAAUUUCACGUCUGACGAUUGCGACUAUCUCUGUUUCUUUAGUCCGGGGAAUAAAACCUUCUCCAAGCCGAAGAAUCCAGUUUCUGGCGAGGUGACGCAUCUUCAAUACUUGGACACACUGCAGAUUCUGGCUAGUGGAAGCUUUUCAAACUCCUCAUUUGCAGUGUUAAAUCUCAACAGCACGUCUGUCGAGCCUGCAGAUCGUCUGGACAACGUUCAGCUACCAAAUAACAUUCAGAGAUUUGCAGUUGCAGGAAAGACACUGCAGGAUCCAAUUGUGGUCAUGUCGCCAACAUCCCUCGGAUAUGUGAAUGGCUCCUCCUACAAGAGUCUGGACACUGACUUUGAAAGCAAUAGCUCGUUCUCGGAUAUCGAGCUGGUGAACUCCUCGUCGUCUUUCCUUAACAAACAAGUUCUUCUGGUUUCUGGGGAAUUGCUUUCGUCGGAGUUUGGAAAAGCGCAUGUAGCUGCGUACAACGGACACUCAUGGACGCCAUUGGUUAUCUCCGGUCAAAGCCUCAAUUCCUCAAAUGCAAAUGUUACCGGAUUGGUCAAAAGUUUCACCGCCAUCAAUUAUGCUACCAACACCACCAAAACCAACACCACCACGACGAGUACUCCAACGAGCAGCCCAACUUCAUCAUCGUCUCCGAGAAAAUCACCAAAUAAGCAACAUCUGACUACCGGCCAAGUGGCUGGUGUCGGACUGGCACUGUCUGUUGGUACCAUGCUACUUUUAACAGCGGCGGGAGCAGGUCUUUACUACGUGACCAACAGAAGCACGCGGUCCGCACCACUCCAAUCCAGAGUCGGGGAGGACAAAAUGGUGCAGGCUGUUCCGCCUAACGAGGUCAUCAACAACAUGGACAAGGCCAAGGUUUCGUAA